ACUUUGAUCUCCCACUUCAUCCUCCUGGGCCUUUUCACCCAACCGCCACUGCACUUCUUCCUCUUUUCCAUCAUCAUGGUCAUGUUCCUGGUGGCCCUCUCUGGCAAUGGGCUCAUGAUCCUCCUCAUCAAUGUUGACUCUCGCCUGCACAGCCCCAUGUACUUCUUCCUCAGUUGGCUGUCGCUUAUGGACCUCAUGCUUAUCUCCACCAUUGUGCCACGGAUGGCCACUGACUUUCUCCUGGGCCAUGGCACCAUCUCCUUCACAGGCUGUGGACUCCAGAUCCUCUUCUUCCUCACCCUCUUGGGGGAUGAGUGCUUCCUUCUGGCCUUCAUGGCCUAUGACCGCUAUGUGGCCAUCAGCAACCCACUGAGGUACUCAGUGGUCAUGAGUCGCCGUGUCUGCUGGCUCUUGGUGGCAGGGUCCUGGCUCUUUGGCCUGGCAGAUGGACUGAUCCAGGCCAUCUUCACCCUGAGCUUUCCCUACUGUGGCUCCCAGGAGAUUGACCAUUUCUUCUGCGAGGUCCCUGCCAUACUAAAGCUGGCCUGUGCUGACACCUCCCUUUAUGAGACCAUGAUCUAUGUCUGCUGCAUCAUAAUGCUGCUCCUGCCCUUCUCUGUCAUCUCUGCUUCCUACCUUAAACUCUUAGUAGUGCUAUUG